UGUCGAGGGCACGAACCUGCCAAGAUGGUGCUCACCGAGGAAGACAAGGCCAGGGUGCGAGCCAGCUGGGGCACUGUGAGCAAGAAUGCCGAACUCUACGGAUCUGAGACCCUUUCUAGGUUGUUCACCGUUUACCCAGCCACCAAGACCUACUUCCACCACUUCGACGUGAGCCCCGGCUCCAGCGAUCUCAAGAGUCACGGCAAGAAAGUGAUCGACGCGAUCACCGAAGCCGUCAACAACCUGGACGAUGUGGCGGGAGCCCUUUCCAAGCUCAGCGACUUGCACGCCCAGAAACUCCGCGUGGAUCCCGUCAACUUUAAGCUGCUGGCCCACUGCCUCGAGGUAACCAUCGCCGCUCACAACGGUGGGCCCCUCAAACCCGAAGUGAUUUUGUCCGUUGACAAAUUCCUUGACAAAGUCGCCAAGGUGCUGGUGUCCAGGUACCGUUAGAAGGAAAGUGCACGCCCUGCCUGUGCUCGGAAAUAAUGGCCCUCUUCCUCUCCGGUCUCUCUCCUACUUCCUGGAUAACCUUGCCAACAUCUCUUGCCUGCAUGUCUUCUACUCUGUGGGGUUCACUUGUGGAACCCUAAUUUGGGUGUCUCCUUGGAGCCUGAAUUGCUAGUUGUCCUGCAGCUGAAUUGACCAAGCCAAAGUCUGAGCUCUCUUGCAGUGGGACUGAGCAACUGAAGAUCUAAAGGUGUGGAUGAUUUAUCAACCACCCUAAUGUCAUCCACCACCAUUAAUUUCUGAGCUGGUUCUACUUCCACUGUUGUGCAAACUAUUGUUUCCAUUGCUUUCUCUCCCUUGUUGAAUCUGUCUUCAUUAUUACAACAAAUUAAUAAAAGCACAGGAAAAGA